AGUAACAGGUAGCACAUGACAUUGCUAUUUCCCCCCAGAUCGGUCUGGACAAUUAUUUACACCUGAAUAACGAUACUAAGAAACUUGAAUAGACAUUGAGUUGAAACUGUGCUUUUAAAAUGUGAUAUUUAUUAUUUCGAGCCAUUGUACUAAAAGUAAAACAGCGUGAGUAGUUGUGUUCGAGCGAGUCGUCAUUCAUUCAGGGCAGAUGAGCCGAGCGCACAUUGAAUCGUUUGUCAUUUCUGCAGUAUGGCGGAAGACAAGGAUCCUGUUACCCAACUGAAGGAUCUGGCUCAGCUCAAAGACCAACUGGAGGAGAUCCAGAAGAAGGUGGAGAAUGAGGUUCAAGCUGGAAUCCCACAGGGUGGUUCAUUAUUAGCGUCUCCUUUCCUGAAAGGAUUCCUGGCUGGGUAUGUGGUAUCCAGACUACGUUCGUCUGCCGUCUUAGGAGUCGCUUUGGGAACGCUGACGGGAAUCUACGCUGCUCAGAACUAUCAGGUGCCCAACAUUGAGUCUUCCAUACAUGACUUCCUGAACUCUCUGAAGAAAGGACCCAGUGAUUAGAAGUGGAUGGGUUGCUGGAACCGAAGUCAG